CGUUCAUAGCACAAGAUUAGGUCGAGUGACGUUUCUGACAUUCACAACCAAAACAAAGUCGACAGCUGAUAGAUAGUACUAUAAUUAGCACUGUACGCAGAGCCUGGAGACGAUCACUUCGUCUGGUCUCUGUCUGAUGACGUCGAACAACUCGGCAUGCAAAGUCCAGCCUCCCAGCUAGGCGACGGGAAACUGCCGGUCUUUGUCUUCCCGUCAAGCCUUGCUUUCUACUCGGACGACCAAGCUACACACAAACAGGUGCUCACCCUCUACAACCCGUACGAUGCUGCUCUCAAGUUCAAAGUCUUGUCGACAGCACCAAGGAAGUACACAGUGGUUGACUCUGAGGGAACCAUCCGUCCACGGUGCUGUGUUGAUAUAGUCAUCCGCCACAUCGAUAUUUGCAUAAACAAUGAGGGAGUCAAGGAUAAGUUCCGUAUUCAAGUUUCAGAAUACGGCCAAAAGAAAAUGCUAGGGAGGAAGGAUGUCUCCUCAGUGUUACUGCCGAGGAAGGACAGCGUUGUGCCCCCAGAUGAUGACUUCCAGUCACUCCCCUCUCACACAACAGAGGGUGCUGACAGUCAACAGUCCCUCGCAUCACGACAUGGACACGGGAGACCAGUGGGCUCGGGGCCUGGUUUCAUUGUGAUCUGUGCCGCCAUUGCCUGCAUCGUGGCUCUAGCCAUGCCCUCCCAGGGAGAGAAAGAAUCACGCCUGCCUGAAUACCUUCAUGUGUCGCAGCAACAAAAGCUGAUAGCUGCAUAUAUACUAGGUUUAGUUACCAUGGUGAUCCUGCGGGUAUGACGCUGGCUGAAGUAGGAGCGGACGUCCUGCAUAUCUCACCCCCAACAUCUCCACACUUCCCCGCCCCCUCACGUCUUUCAGUUCAUUCUUUUAAUUAGUUCACACAGAUCAACUUGUACAUUUUAUGAUUUGGUAUAUAUGAAUGCUUGUGUAAGUUGUGCUCUGAACUGUGUGCAAUAAAGAUCAAUGUGACUUUUCAUGCCAA